GUUGCUAUUCGCUAUAAGAGAUAGAGUUCAUUAUGGAUGUUUCUCUCUCCGAAGGACUACUCUGUCUUCUUUCUGGUUGUCGUGUCCGCUCCUUCCGCCCUGACUGAUUGCUCCUUCCUUAGCCGCAAUGCCCUUCUCCUCACCUUUUCCCAGCCUGAAUAUCCCAAAAUGCAAUCUACUGGAAUAUUUGUUUCCACAAGGGAAAACACCGUCAGAUACGCCACUGUGGAUAGACUCCAAAGACACAAACCAAUACCUCACACCACGGACGCUGUUACUAUGGACGAAGCGACUCGCGCUGGGCUUGGAUCGCAUAGGAAGCAAGCCUGGGGAGGUUGUUAUGAUCCUGACACCUAACCACAUCUACGUCCCCGUAGCAUAUCUAGGGAUUGUAGGUUCAAAGCGGAUAUUUAGCGGAGCGAACCCAGCGUACACAGUAUCGGAAAUGAUUCAUCAAGUCUCCAACACACAAGCACAAUUUAUCCUCGCGCAUCCCACCCUUGUCAAAACAGCCGUGCAAGCAGCUAAAGGAGCUGGCCUUCCAGAUGGCCGCGUCUUCCUCUUCUCAGAUGAGCCCAACGAGCCAGUGGAAGGCUGUACAGACUGGACAGACUUCCUCCCCUCGCCAGCAGAAGGAAAGGCUUACAAAUUCCCCGUUCUUUCAGAACAUGAAGCAAUGACCACAACAGCAACAGUGAACUACUCUUCCGGCACCACGGGUCUACCCAAAGGCGUCGAAGUUAGCCACCACAACCUAAUAGCAAACCUCGAGCAGACCAUCUUCAUGCGAUAUCUCCACAAGCCCUGGAGUGCAGAUACACGGCCUCGAGAAGUAUGGAUUGGCUUUCUUCCUUUGUAUCAUGCAUACGGUCAACUAUACACUAUUGCCAUGGCGCAGAAGCUUCAGGUACCGGUUUACAUCAUGAAGAAGUUCGAGUACGAUGAGUUUCUGCGGGUAAUUCAGACACACAAGGUAACGCAUCUACAAGUAGCACCACCGAUUAUGGUAAUGCUUAGCAAGAGACCGGAGACUGCAAAGUAUGAUCUGAGCAGUGUGACGGAUAUUCUGUGUGGUGCGGCGCCGCUGUCAAAGGAGCUCCAGAAUGAAAUCAGCAAGAAGUUGGGCUGUGAGAUUUUGCAGGGGUGGGGUAUGACGGAAGUGACUUGCGGGGCGAUACAUGUGCCUGGCGGCACUGUCGACGACUCUGGAAGUGUAGGCCAGCUUGAUCCAAACUGCGAAUGUAUGCUCCUCGACGACGACGGCAAUGAGGUACCAGAAGGCCAACCUGGCGAACUGCACGUUCGGGGUCCCAAUAUCUGCAUAGGAUACUGGCGCAAUCCAGACGCUACGAAGGAAUCUAUAUCGCCCAAUGGCUGGUUGAAGUCUGGUGACAUUGCGAUUGUAAAGAAUGGGUGGUUUUGGAUCGUAGAUCGGAAAAAGGAACUCAUCAAAGUCAAUGCCCUCCAAGUAGCCCCCGCCGAACUCGAAGCCGUCCUCCUCGAAUUCGACCCCAUCGCCGACGCAGCAGCGGUCGGCAUAACACUCGAUGGCCAAGAGUGGCCGCGCGCCUACGUCGCCCUCAAAGAGGAGCACAAGAACAAGAUCACUGCCGAUGAUAUCCACAAGCACAUGAAGAUCAAAGUCGCGAAGCAUAAGCAACUCGUUGGCGGGAUUGUGUUUGUUGACGAGGUGCCAAAAUUGCAGAGUGGGAAGAUUAUGAGAAAGGUACUCAAGGAGUGGGCGAAGAGGGAUGCGGAGAAGAUAAAUGGGGCGCUGAAGGCGAAGUUGUAGACCUAUACACUGAGUUGCUUGUAUGUGCGUAGUUUAAUAGAGGAGAAACCAUAACCGUAUCAAUCCAACAGGAGGGCCUAAAGAAGAUGUUGUUGAAAC